AUGCAACCCUCUGUGCCAAAAGACAUCAUUUGCCACAGAGACUUCAACAAAAGAUGUGGGACGACUGUCCGGAUCCAGGUCAGGGAAGGCACCCAACUGGCUUCUUCCUGGACCCAACACCAGGGGACGGGGACUGUCAAGGAGGUGGAGACGGGGGUGAUGGGAAUGGAGGCAGGCGUGAUAAAGAUGGAAGAGAUGAUUACCAAAAAGAAGAUCGCCAUGGAGACGACCACGACCGGGAUCAGCGCAGGGACAGACGCAGCCCUGACCGCCAUGGAGACGACCACGACCGGGAUCAGCGCAGGGACAGACGCAGCCCUGACCGCCAUGGAGACGACCACGACCGGGAUCAGCGCAGGGACAGACGCAGCCCUGACCGCCAUGGAGAUGACCACGACCGGGAUCAGCACAGGGACAGACGCAGCCCUGACCGCCAUGGAGACGAUCAUGACCGCGAUCGGCGCAGGGACAGACGCAGCCCUGACCGCCAUGGAGAUGACCACGACCGCGAUCAGCGCAGGGACAGACGCAGCCCUGACCGCCAUGGAGACGAUCAUGACCGCGAUCGGCGCAGGGACAGACGCAGCCCUGACCGAGAUGGAGACCAUGGCCGUGACCAUAGCCCUCGUCGCGGUGGAAGCCCUGGUCGUGAAUACAGUGAUGAGGGCGAUGGAAGCGGCGGCAGCGGUAGCGGCAGCUGCAGUGGCAGUGAUGACGGGCAGGGUGGCCGUCGGAGAAGGCGCAGACGCAGGCACGGCCACGGUGGUGGGCGCGGAUGCCAUCGUGGACGUGGACGUGGACGUGGAGACUUCUAGAGACAUGAACACAGGCUGCAGAUACAAUGACCACCACACAAACUCCACCUGCCAUCAGAGAACGUGAUGAACACUGUAUUUCUGCUCUUAUAUGAAAUAAAAUAUUCUAAAGACGUCACGUAAAAA